AUGAAUUAUGUUAAACAAUUGAAUGGUGGCAGUUCAAGUGGCUCCAUUGCCGGCAAAUCAGCCCCACCCCAAACGGUAGCAGCAGCAACACCAGCGGUAACAUCAUCAUCAACCAGCAAUAUGGUUCACAAUGAUCCGCCAAGUAGUGAUUCCGAACCGGAAUUCAUCGACAACAGCAGUGUCGAAUUGCGAGGAUAUCUAAGUAAAUGGACCAAUUACAUUUAUGGCUGGCAACCACGUUAUAUUGUACUAAAAGAUGGUACCCUAUCCUAUUAUAAAUCCGAAUCGGAAUCAGAUUUUGGUUGUCGUGGUGCUAUAAGUCUAAGCCGAGCCACAAUUAAGCCUCAUGAGUCCGAUGAACUUCGAUUCGAUGUUGUGGUUAAUAAUUAUAAUAAUUGGUGUUUACGUGCCGACACACCGGAGGACCGUAUGCAUUGGGUGGAAGUGUUGCGUAUGUACAAAGAGGAUAGUACCAGCACAGAUACAACAUCUUUGCGACGUCAUGGCAGCACAAUGUCCUUGCAGUCGAAUACAGUAUCCGUGGCAAGUGGCAGCAGUUUGAAGAAGACACAACGUAAUCUGAAGGAGAAGGUUGGCGAAAUUGAGACAUUUAAGGAUAUUCUGUUUGGGCAAAUAGAGACACUCCAAAGAUACUUUGAUGCCUGUGCCGACAUCAACAAGGGCAUGGAUAAGCCCUUAGAUUUGGGUGAUGGCUUAAAACCUAUUGAUUUUAAGGGUGAAUCUAUAACAUUUCGCGCCACAACAGCCGGUGUAUUGACAACACUGCAACAUUGUCUGGAAAUUAUCGUUGAAAAUGAUGAGACAUGGAAGAAAAAACUGGACCGAGAGGCAGAGAAACGUAAAAAAAUCGAAGAACAAAAUCGUAAAUUAAAGGAAGAAAUUGAAAAACUUAAGCGAAUAUCAUAUCCUGGCCCAGAUUUAGAGUAUAAAAAUUCGAGUGAGAACCAAAAAUGA